ACUCAUCUUCCCCAAUGGAGAAAUAUUUGGUCCGAGCAGCACAUGCUUCGCAAAACCCCAAAGCAUCUCGAAGCCAUGGCAGAGAGUUAUUGUUGAAUUGAACGGAAAAACAAAUAGGAAAUACAUCCACGGCGCUUGUGCUCUAUUAGCGCGAUCCUAUUCUGUGCUGGUGGGAUUCCCUCACGCAUAUCACAACGGGGAAGUGCCAUGUCCCACACAUAUGAACUUGUUUCUCCGUGGAACAGAUGACCAAAAUCCAAUAGGCAGUGAGGGCGUAUCUGCACUAGAAUUUGAUCGAAAGGGGGUUUAUUUGGCAUCGGUAACAAAAUCAGGUUGCUUAACGGUGCAUGAUUUUGAAGAUCUAUUCUACGAAGGAAAAGUAUUGCCUUUAGGUUUUAAAGAAGAUGAAGGAAAACUAUUGUUGCAUGUAGCUACAUAUAAUCAACUUGAUGCUGUUAGAUGGAAUACCUGUAAUCAAAAUGAGGUUGCAUGUACAUCUCUAAAGAGUUCUGAAGUAUAUAUAUAUGACAUUGGUUAUGUAUCUUCUGAACCUGUUGAUGUGCUACGAAAGAAGCCUACAAUCAGCAUUACUGGAUAUACAGCCCAAAAAGGUUUAUCAGAUAUUGCCUUUUCUUCAAGUGACACUUCAAGGUUGUUUGCUUCUGAUUUCUCUGGUAUGGUGAAUGUAUGGGAUAGAAGAAUGAGUGAUUUUCCAUAUUAUGAGCUCAGAACGAAUUGCAAUGAUGCUAUUACUAGCAUAAAGCUUAGCUCUGAUAAUCAGGUUGUGUUUGGAGGCAGCAAGCAUGGGUGUAUAUACAUUUGGGAUAUACGCGGUGGAAGAUCAUCAGCUGCUUUUCAGAAUAACAUGGAAUAUUGUUCUCCUCUAUCGUCUGUGAAGUUGGAAACGGAGUUUGGGAAAAUUAGAUCUUUGAAGGCUCAAUCUAAUAUUGGCUUGAAGGAAAUACACUCCAUUGACAUUAAUCCAUCAUGCCACUAUCAAUUGGCAUUUCAUCUUGAUGAUGCUUGGUCUGGUGUUUUUGAUAUGAACUGCAUGAAUGUAACACAUGUGCAUUGCCCCCCUCCAGCUUGGUUACGAGAUAACAUUGAUGAUAUGGGAAACAUCUGUCACCUACGGAAACCUUCGUGGCUGCCUUCUUAUUCAAUCUAUGCAGUUGGAUCAGAUGACGGACUUCAUCUUUUAGAUUUCUAUCCAGACCGUAGCUCCCCUUGCCACGUAGAUUUUGAGGAGGAGAUAGAAGGUACAAGUCAACAUCAACAAAGACAAAAUCAAUUUAUCUCGUUUAGCGAAGGUAUUACCGCAUGCGCAGUCCAUCCCAUAACGGGCACCAUAGUAGCUGGAACAAAGCUGUCACCACUCCUAGUGAUUUCCCAAGCACCAGUCUCAUGUUCAGGUGAAGAUGAUUGUCAAAACUGCAACUGAUUUAUUACAAAGGUAAGAAGACAAAGUGUUUUAUAAAGCCAUAUCAUAUCAUCUUUUUGUACUUAGUUGGUUAAAUUGUACUCGGUACAACAUAUUUCGAUCGACAAGUUUUCUAAUGAAGGCUUAGUCUUGCUGUGCGAAUUGGAAAUAUGUUCUACUGGUCAGCAUAUUCUUGUUGAUGUAAAUAGAAGUAAAUGACAUUGUUGUAA